AUGGGUGCUGCCGGCGGUGGCUGGUCCAAUGAGGCUAUUAAGCGUGUUCCUGCUCCAGCCAAAGGAAUCUACAUAUGGCUCGCUGUUAUCUGGGCAUCAUACAGUGGGGGUCUCCAUGGCUUCAACACUGCCAAUAUAUCCGGUACCAUGACCUUGAAGCCUUUUGUACGAGAUUUUGGCUGGGGGGACCUUUCCGACUCAACAGUCUCUAACUAUGAAGGCUGGGUCGUUUCCUCAAUGCUUCUGGGGCAAACGGCCGGCGUUCUCAUUGCCGGCCCUAUUGGAGAGCGACGAGGUCGCAAACCAGUCAUUAUGCUCUCCGCUACCCUAUACACCAUCGGAGCCAUCUUGAUGGCGGUCAAUUUUGGAUCCCUGGCAGAGUUACUGGUGGGAAGAAUCUUCUCAGGUUUAGGCUCAGGAGCUGGAAUGGUCGUCGGACCCAUCUACAUCUCGGAAAUCGCACCUACUGAGAUGCGCGGCAUGAUGACCACAUUUUAUAAUAUUAACAUUAUGGCCGGAGUAGCUGGCAGCUACUGGAUCAACUUUGGCUCCCUUGAGCAGAUAUCGGCCGAAGAUAGCUGGCAAUGGCGGGCUACCUUGGUUCUUCAACUGAUUCCCGCUGUUGUUCUUUUUGCCGGCUAUGUUUUCUUCCCUGAAAGUCCGCGAUAUCUGAUGAUGCGAGGAAAACAAAAUGCAGCUUAUGCAAGUUUGUCACGUCUCCGUGGUUUGGAUAAUAGCAGCCCGUACUUUGAACGCGAGUUCGAUGAAUACAAGAGUCGCUUUGACACCGACGCCGAUAGUCAAAGUGCAUUUGAGUCCUUCAAGUCACUUCUGGGCUCCUGCAUCACAGACCCUCCUACUCGGAAGCUGCUCCUCUUUGUCAUUAUCAUUCAGACCUUCUUCAUCAUGUCGGGUGGUAACUCGAUUACUUACUAUGCACCGACAAUCCUGGAGUCCAUUGGUCUCAAUUCCCAGCAACGUCUUCUCUUCUCUGCAGUCUAUGGCAUGAUCAAAGUCGCGAGUGUCUUCCUCUAUGCAUUUGUCCUGACCGACCGCUUUGGUCGUCGACCUCUUCUGCUCAUUGGUUCAAGCAUCAACGUUAUAUGUCUAUGCUACCUGGCCGUAUAUCUCGGCGUUUCUGAUCUAUCGGGAUCAAAUGAUCCAUCCGCUGCCGCCUGGGUUGCCAUCGUGGCCAUCUGUUUCUUCGCCAUCGGCUAUGGGUUUGGCUGGGCGCCUGCUUUCUCCUUGACGGCCUCGGAAAUUUGCCCCACCCCUAUUCGAGGUACUGUGGUGACCAUUGCUUUUGUGUACCAGAAUCUGCUCAACUUCGCCAUCACGCGCGGCUUCCCAAACAUGACGCAUGAUAUGCACGCUUAUGGGCCCUUCGCGCUCUUCACGGCAUUUACUUUUGUCGCCACCUGUUGGGUAUUUGUUGCUUUCCCUGAAUGCAAGGGUCGGAGUAUGGAAAAUGCAGACACCCUCUUCUCCAUGCACUGGUAUAAGAUUGGCUUCUCAAAAGUGCCUGAGAUCAAUAGUAGUGAGGUUUCGACGACUACUGACGUGGAGAAGGCCACAUCCACCGAACACACAGAGCACUUGAGCUCGGAGGAUGAUAAAGGACGAAAAGAGACUCAUUGA